AUGAUCAUACAAGACAUACAAGCUAGCAAAAGUACUAAAGAUAGAAAUAUCAAAGAAAAUAAACAAAGUAGAGACUCUUUUGUCACAUUCACAGCAGCAAGAAUAGAUGGCUCUUAUGUAGAAAUAGAGGAACUAGGCACCAGCAGCUGGACAAGAUCUGAAUCCAAAGAAGAAAAAAUACAUCAGCCACUGCAGAUCCUAGCGAGCAUACAAAAAUCAGUUUCAGACUUGAUACCUACACUCGAAAAAUUAGAAGCUAAAUACAUCGAUAUAUACCUAUAA